GAGAAAGGAGGACAGGGUCACUUCAUUCGGGACUCAGAACUCUCUUUGACUAAACUGCAGCCUGAACACUACAAACCUGUGAUAUUUCUGAGCCAUCUGAAAUUAGUUGGAAUCAUGCCCAACUUUAAUUCAGCUUGAUCACUGGAAACAGCAAAAUGUUGUGGUUUAGGUGUGUCCUGGCCCCAGGCCCCCUCUGUGGAUGUCUGUCACCAUGGCGAAGUUUGAGACCGGCCGCACAAGUCCAGUGGUCCGCCAGAUAGACAAGCAGUUCCUGGUGUGCAGUAUCUGUCUGGACCACUACCACAUCCCCAAAGUCCUGCCCUGCCUGCACACCUUCUGCGAAAGGUGCCUACAGAACUACAUUCCUCCUCAGUCCUUGACACUGUCCUGCCCGGUGUGCAGACAGACCUCUAUCUUGCCUGAGAAAGGGGUGGGGGCACUUCAGAACAACUUCUUCAUCACAAACCUCAUGGAGGUGCUGCAGAGAGACCCAGAAUGUUCUCGGCCAGAGGCCUGCAGCGUGCUGGAGUCUGUUAGUGCAGCAGCCGCUGGGAAACCGCUCUCCUGCCCCAAUCACGAGGGCAAGGUGAUGGAGUUUUACUGCGAGUCGUGUGAGACGGCCAUGUGCCUGGACUGCACGGAGGGGGAACACAGGGAGCAUGUGACCGUUCCACUGCGGGAUGUUCUAGAACAGCACAAAGCAGCACUAAAGAACCAACUGGAUGCCAUACACAACAGGCUGCCCCAACUAACAGCUGCCAUUGAGCUGGUGAAUGAAAUCUCUCAGCAGCUGAUAGAGAGGAAGAACGAAGCCGUCAAUGAGAUCAACAUGACAUUUGAGGAGCUUGAGAGGGUGUUGCACCAACGCAAAGCUGCGCUCAUCAGCGAUCUGGAGAACAUUUGUAGCACCAAGCAGAAGGUGCUUCAGGCGCAGCUAUCAUCCCUACUGCAGGGAAAAGAGCACAUCCAGAGCAGCUGCAGCUUCACUGAGCAGGCCCUGAAUCACGGCAGCGCCACCGAAGUCCUGCUGGUCCAAAAGCAAAUGAGCGAGCGUGUGGGCGCCCUCGCCUGUCACGACUUCCCUGAGCGGCCACACGAGAACGCCCACUUGGACUGCCAGAUAGAGACAGAAGGCCUGCGACGCUCCAUCCAGAACCUGGGCGUCCUGCUGACGACGGGAGCCGUGGGACACACCAGCGUGGCCACAGGAGAAGGCCUCAGACUUGCGCUGGUCGGUCAGCAUGUGACUGUAACUGUUACCACUAAGGAUAAGGACAGCGAGCUUGUGCGGACCGGUAACGCGGUCAUCCGAGCCGAGAUAAGGGGGCAGGACGGAGUGCAGGCGACGGAGGUGGAGGUCGUGGACAAUAAAAAUGGAACUUAUGAGGUAGGGUACAUGCUUAAGAGCGAAGGGGAGUACUCGUUCUCUCUGAUGCUGUACGGACAGCCUGUGCGGGGUAGCCCGUUCAGACUGCGGGCAAUAAAGCCAUCGGACGUGCCCCAGUCUCCUGAUGAUGUGAAGAGGAGGGUAAAGUCUCCCAGCGGAACAGGAGGACACAUCAGGCAGAAAGCCGUACGGAGACCCUCCAGCAUGUACAGCACUACCAAAAAGAAGGAAAACCCCAUUGAAGAUGAGCUCAUUUAUAGAGUAGGCUCUCGUGGACGUGAGAAGGGAGAGUUCACCAAUCUACAGGGCAUCUCUGCUUCCAAUAAUGGGAGGGUCAUUGUAGCAGACAGCAACAACCAGUGUAUACAGGUGUUUACCAAUGAUGGGCAGUUCAAAGCACGCUUCGGGGUCAGGGGUCGUUCUCCAGGACAGCUGCAGAGGCCGACAGGAGUGGCAGUCGACACAAAUGGAGACAUUAUUGUAGCUGAUUAUGAUAACAGAUGGAUCAGCAUCUUCUCCCCUGAUGGGAAAUUCAAGAAUAAGAUUGGUGCAGGCCGUCUGAUGGGCCCCAAAGGAGUGGCUGUGGACAGGAACGGUCAUAUCAUCGCAGUGGAUAAUAAAGCCUGCUGUGUGUUCAUCUUUCAAUCUAAUGGCAAACUAGUGACCAAGUUUGGAGCCAGAGGCACUUCAGACAGACAGUUCGCAGACAAAAGUGGUGCAAAGUUUGCACUGGAGCAAAAGUUUAGUAAAUCUGGCCCUGGGUUCAGUCCGCAUUUUGUUGCUGUCAACAACAAGAAUGAAAUUGUCGUGACAGACUUUCAUAACCACUCCGUCAAGGUCUACAGUGCAGAUGGGGAGUUUUUGUUUAAAUUCGGGUCCCACGGAGAGGGAAAUGGCCAGUUUAAUGCCCCCACAGGGGUAGCUGUUGACAUUAACGGCAACAUCAUUGUAGCAGACUGGGGCAACAGCAGAAUACAAGUGUUUGACAGCUCAGGCUCAUUCCUCUCCUACAUCAACACAAGUGCUGACCCUCUGUAUGGGCCGCAGGGCCUCGCUUUAACCUCCGACGGUCAUGUUGCUGUGGCCGAUUCUGGUAACCACUGCUUCAAAGUCUACCGAUACCUGCAGUAACAGCUCCUCACAGUCUGCAGUCAUAUCAGCGAGAUCCUCUGCCAAACCAGAGAGGAAGAAUCGAAUGAGCAGAUUGCACUUUGAUUUACUCUUCUGAUUUUCAUGCUCCAAAACUCAGAACAGCUUCUCUAAUAAACCGGCAAUGUUGAUUGUAAAUAACCGAAUCCAUAUCAAUAAGCACAGAUUCUUAUUAGAAAUCAUGUAAGUAGUGUAUAAAUAAAAUGAUAUAUAGCGAAACCUUUUGUUAAUCGCCAUCUUCCACCCUUGCAGAAACAUUAGUUAUUUCCGAAUUUCCUCUCUCCUGUUUAAUAGUGGUUGACCUUUCCAUGACUGCAACAGUUGUGUAUUUUAAUUGUUACACUCUGCAUCUGUAAAUAUCCAAGUUUGUGUACAUAUUAACAUAUUUGGUGUAUGUAACAUGUAAAUGACACUGGCGGCUUGUAUUGUUCUAUGACAGUAGAGCUAUUCGGUGAGCACUUUCAGUUCAAAUCAUUCAGAUCGAUUAUCUGAGCUGAUCAUCCCUCAGCACAGGAAGUGAUGCGCAUCCCUGCUGUGCGCUUAAAAAAAUGUUUUACAACUAAACAACAGGAGCCAAAAAUGACAUAUUUUUUCCAUUCCAAAUUAUUUAUUUUUCUAAAGCACAAGACUACUUUACAUGUAAAAAAAAAAAAUCCAGCUGAACUAAAAAAAAUAUAAAUAUAAUCAAACCCAAGUAUUUCACAUAUAUAUUACCUCUGAUUUUUAAUGUUCUCUAAAAUUGAUCAGCUGUGUGGAAUUCUAUCUCUUCUCUGUAAAUAAUCAUACGUUGUGUUCACAGUGUUGCAACCAAAUGUUGUCUUUAGUCAGUAUUAUAGUAUUAUUUAUUUAAUGUUUUGUACACAUUUUCCUGAACAAUUCAUUUUGAGGUUGUCCUUCAUCACCAGCGAAUGACUUCAAAAAUCACCUCCCUUUAAUUUUGUGGAGUUUUGUCUCUUUGAACGUUAAGUGACGCCACGUCUCCUUAAUGUGAUACUGACUGUACAAGGUUAAUGAACGGUGGCAUACAGUUGAAACGGUGAACGUAUAUAUUAAUAUCUGUGCAAAGAAUUCUUUUGCAUGUUACUGAUUUUACUAGCAUUGGCAUUUGGUUUCUGCAUCAGCGAGAUACCUGUAAUGAUUUGCUAUUGCCAGGCUCGAAAUUGAUAAAUAAUAUAAUAACCAAAAACAAAUAUUCUAUUCUGUAUUUUGAUUCAUAAUAUAUGCUAAUUACAAGUUGACAAUUAUUUGCUUCCGUUGCGAUUAAGGCCCGUUCACAAUAAUAACUGUAAUUGAAACUAUAACAAUAAAAUUGCUCUCGCUAACAAAGUCGCUGUCAGUUUUAGUUUUCGCGAGCAAAAUUCAGUGUUAUUUUUAAUUUAGAAUCCACAAGAUUAAGAAUUUUUCAUUAAAGCAAAAUAAUUCCAAACAGAUUUCAUGAUUUCAAGUUGGUCACAUGAAUUCGACACAUUGAUCCACUGUGCUUUGCGGAUUGCGAAACUAUUGAUGAUAGACAAUUGUAUUUUUCCUUGCAAAAUUUCGUUAAUGUCACUGCACAACAAUAGUUUUGGAAUUUUCCUCUUUCAUCCAAUCAUUUUAGAAAAAUAAUGUUAUUGUUCAUCUGUGCAAGCGCUAAUAUAGUUUUUGUUCUUAUUGUGAACGGACCUUAACUCGAUCCAAUGCAUGCUCUAGUGCUUGGACAGAUGAUUUAAUAAAUGUGCUUCAUCAGUUUAAAAAAACAACAAAGAUCUUGUAUAACAUGAAGAAUCAACCGUAUGUUCAUUUUACUGGUCAAUUAUUUGCAGUUUGAAAUAAAACUGUAAAAUACAAGUCACUUGAAAA